AUGCUUGUUCGUGUAUUUUUCGUUUUUACCUGUAUCCUUAGUAUAACUGACAGUGUUCCUUUGAGUGAGUUUUUUCCAUAUGGACCAACAGCUAAUGAUCAAGUGUUUCCACCUAAUGAUGAUGGAAGUACAAAUGCUUUACCAUUACCUCGAAUAUUUCCUUAUUUUAAUAGCAACCAUCGUCAAAUUUACUUAGCUAAUAAUGGUCUUUUUUCUUUUCUGGGACCAAUAUCUCAAUUUGUACCUACACCAUUUCCACUUAACGAUGGUCGUCGCGUGAUUGCCGGAUUCUGGUCUGAUAUAGAUACCCGAGGCUCUAUUCCAUCGGGUAAUAAAGUUUAUUAUCAUAUUUAUGCCAAUCAAAGCAAUACUGUUGUAUUUGAAAAGGCAAUAACCUAUGUUCAACAAUAUUUUCCUGGUGAACGAUCAUUUAAUCCAUCGAUGAUUAUUACUGGUACAUGGUAUCAAGUAGGUGCUUAUUCUUAUCAAACGAAUCUAGUGAACACAUUUCAAAUUGUACUGGUAACAGAUGAAAUACGUAGUUUUGCUUUUCUUCUUUAUCAUGAUUUGCAAUGGGCUAGUCCUUCAACUAGUUCUUUAUUAGGUGUCAAUUCAUCAUCUGAAAUCGGCGGCCAAGCUGGUUUUAAUGCAGGUGAUGGUAUUAUUUUUGAAAUGUUACCCUAUUCCCGAACCAGUAAUGUUCGUCGAUUAGUAAAUAUAAGUAAUGUUAAUGUUCCUGGUCUAUUUGUUUUUCGAAUCGAUUCAGAUACAAUUGUUCUUGGUGGCUGUGGUAAUGAUUCAAAUUUAUUAUUUAGACCACGCCGUGGAUCUCAACUUGGUUUUACACCAAUUACUAUUCAAGGUCCAUGUUUCACAAAUACAAGUGAAGGUGAUAUUAAAUGCCGAUUUAGUGAAUCAAUAUUAGUUGAUGCUAUUGUUAUCAGUGAAUUUCAAGCUAUUUGUCUUACACCAUCUGUACCAUUACCUACUUCUAUUAAUGUUCACUUAAGUACUGAUAGAGGUAUUACAUAUCAAUUACUUCCAAACACAUUCACUUAUACAUCAGUUGAAUAUGGACUUUCAUCAGUAGAUAAUGCUCAAGUAAUUAUUCUCAAUCGUACAGAUAUCAUUAUAACAAUAGGUGAUCGACUUAUUCUGGGAUGGUAUUUAUCAGAAACAACAAUGAAUAAUUGGCCAAAUAAUAGAAUGCGAUUUGAAAUAGAAAUGUGGAGUGUUACAUUAAACGAAUCAAAUGGUGGUAUUACAGAAAAUAGUCAUAUUGUACUCCAAACAAAUCUUAUGCCCACAUUAGGUUUUCAAUCAACAUCGAUUCUUAUUCCAUCAAUUGGUAACAAUGAUCUGGCAACAGUAUUUUUUCGUAUUAUAGCACGUGAUAAUUUGACAAAUACCGUUUAUGCUGGUUUUAAUUCUCAAUUAAUUGUAUUACAUGAUACUACCAUAGAUACUUCGGGUUCUUGUCAAACAUGGGCACAAGGACAGCCAUCACCAUUAACAUGGAAUGAAAAUUUAUUACCUUGUCCAUUAACAAUAGCCCAAGCACGUGUUGCACGUUGUUGUUAUGAACCAGAUCCUUUAUGUAUGGAAAAUAAUUAUGAUUCAUCAAUUAAUUGCCGUCUUCGUCGUGGACGAUCUAAUCGUGAUGAAUUAUCAGCUGUUGCGUGUUAUUUAUCACGUUCAACCAAUCAAUGGAACGCAGGUACUCGAUGUUGUUAUGGUAGUAAUGGUCAACUGAUAACUCAUGGUACAGGUGCUGGAACAGAUAAUCGUUAUCGACCAGCAUCAUCUCCAAUUCUUCAUUUCUUUAGUGAUACAUUACCGUUCCUCGCUUGUUGUCUUUUAAAUUCAAAUGAAGAACAUUGUACAAGAUAUUUUGAGUUAAGACCAUCCCGUCGAGGUAGUAAUUCACCGAAUGCAUGGGGUGGAACAUGGGGUGAUCCUCAUUUUACUACUCUUGAUGGUUCAGCAUAUACAUUCAACGGUUAUGGUGAAUAUACCUAUUUAGCUAUUACUGAUUUUUCAACAUCAAUCAAUACUGCUUUUAAUCCAUCCACACAGUCUUUUAUAUUUAAUGCUCAAAUACGCACAGCACCACUUAGUUCAUUCAAUAAUAGUGCUACUGUUAUUCGUGGUUUUGCAGCUAAAUCUAAUCAUUCUCUUGCACAACGUAUGAGCAUUACUGUUUCGAGACGAGAUAUGUUAAUUAUUCAACGAGAUAAUGAAACACUCGAUCUUGAUGCAACAACUGAUGAUACAAUUUCUACAAAUAAUUCUCUUACACUCUUUUUUCCUGAAAUGACUUUAGAACGAAAUCAAACCAGUGGUAUUCUUACACUUUCUUGGUUUAUCGGUGUUAGUAUUCAAAUAACACCUAUUUCAUUAACAGAUGGUCUAGUACUUAAUAUUGGUGUAUCAGUUGCUGGUUCAUAUCGAAACCGUACAUUUGGUUUACUUGGUUUAUAUGAUAAUAACCCAAAUAAUGAUCUUCGAACACCAAAUGGAACUAUAUUAGGUCUUCCUAAUACACUUACUCUUGAACAAAUUCAUCAACAAUUUGGACAACCAUGGGCUAUCGACCCAAAUCAAUCACUUUUUUAUUAUGAAAUGGGUGAUUCAGCGACAAAUUAUGCUAAUCAAAAUAUUUUGUAUAUUCCAUCAUUCAUAUCACCUGAACCUCCCGCAUCUCAAUUGAAUUCAACACUUUCAGCAUGUAAUAUAGAUCCAUCAUUAACAAAUCGAUCAUCGUGGACAACUGCUCAACAAACUUGUUUCUAUGAUAUUGCAGUUACAAAUGACAUUUCUCUUGGACGAACAUCAAGAAUAGCAGCUGAAACUGUUCUUCAAAUUUCUAUUGAUCAACGUUAUCCACCAGAAUUUAAUCCAGAUUUACCACUUAUUCUUACUGUGAAUGAUUCAAAUUCUAUUACAAUCAAUUUCACUGCUAUUAGUCCAUAUACUUCACAUAUAACUUAUAAUCUAAUUCAAGGACCAUCAUCCGCUAGUUUUGAUGAACAAACAGCACUUUUUCAUUGGCAAACAUCAACUUUGAACAAUAGUGAAACAGUAAUACGUGUUACUGCUCAAGAUUCUCAAUAUCAAUUAUUAUCAACACAUGAACUUACUAUACGUAGUUCUAGUCGAAGUAUCGAUGGCGGAAUAACUCAACCAUCGCAUGGACAGAUUACUUCGAUGUCAUCGAUAUUUAUUGUCAUGAAUAUUGUCAUGACAUUUUAUUUUUAUUGA